AUGAAGACCAAAGUUGACUCCCAAGUUGAAGCCUCCACUUCUGGUUCAGCUUUCCCAUGGAAAUACGACGUGUUUUUGAGCUUCAGAGGCGAAGACACCCGCAAGGGCUUCACAGACCAUUUAUACGACAAGCUGAGGUGGCGAGGAAUCAGGACUUUCAGAGACGACCCUGAACUUGAAAGAGGCACAGCGAUCUCCCAAGAGCUCAUCUCAGCAAUCGAGCAGUCCAGGUUUGCGAUCGUGGUUCUAUCUCCAAACUAUGCUUCUUCCACUUGGUGCUUGCUUGAACUGUGUAAGAUUUUCGAGUGCAUGGAAGAGAGGGGGACGAUUCUGCCGAUCUUUUAUGAGGUCGACCCUUCUCAUGUGAGACAUCAAAGAGGUAGUUUUGCUGAAGCGUUUGGUGAACAUGAAGAGAAGUUUGGAGAAGAUAGUAAGGAAGUAAAUGCGUGGAGAAAGGCUCUGUCAAAAGUGGCUAAUCUCGCUGGGUGGAAUUCCAAGGAUUACAGGUAUGAGACAAAGCUUAUCAAUGAAAUUAUUAAGGAACUGUGGACCAAAGUGCAUCCUACUUUUUCAGUAUUCUAUUCUUCAGAGGAGUUGGUAGGAAUGGAAAAUAAGCUGGAGGACAUUGAUGUUCUUUUAGAUAGAGAAGCAAAUGAUGUUCGGUUUAUAGGGAUAUGGGGGAUGGGUGGGGUGGGUAAGACCACCCUUGCUAGAAUGGUGUAUGAGAAAAUUUCUCAUCAGUUUGAAGUUUGCAUCUUUCUUGCUAAUGUCAGAGCGGUGUCUGCAACUGCAACAGACGGCCUAGUUCGUUUGCAGAAACAAUUACUUUCCCAAAUCAUGAAAGAAAAAGUUCAAGUAUGGGAUGUUUAUUAUGGAAUGACUAGGAUAAAGGAAUGUGUAUGUAAUAAAGCAGUUCUUCUAGUUCUUGACGAUGUGGAUCAAGUAGAGCAAUUGGAAACCUUGGUGAGAGAAAAAGACUGGUUUGGUUUGAGGAGUAGAAUCAUCAUUACAACUAGAAAUCGACAGAUACUAGUCACCCAUGGUAUAGAAGCACCAUAUGAGUUGCAGGGGUUAUACGGUGAUGAAGCUCUCCAGCUCUUUAGUUGGAAAGCCUUUAGAAAAUAUGAGCCUGAAGAAGAUUAUGCAGAAUACUCUAAGAGCUUUGUUAUGUAUGCUGCAGGUCUUCCCUUAUCUCUCAAAACUUUGGGGUCUUUCUUGUAUAAAAGAAGUCCACUUGCAUGGAGGUCUACAUUGCGAAAACUAGAACAACUUCCCAACGCAUCAGUCUUCGAGAUAUUGAAAAUAAGUUAUGAUGGACUUGAUGAGAUGGAAAAGAAAGUUUUUCUGGAUAUUGCAUGUUUCCACAGGCUGUAUUACGAUGAGCUUAUGAUUGAACAAGUAUACAGUUCUGACUUUUGCACUCGUAUUGUAAUAGAUGUUCUUGUUGAGAAAUGUCUCUUAAGUAUUGUACUAGAAAACAAAAUAGAAAUACAUGAAAUGGUAGAAGAAAUGGGACGUGAAAUUGUUCGAAGAGAGUGCUGUGAAGAGCCUGGUGGACGCAGUCGGUUGUGGCUUCGCAAAGACAUUUUUCAUGUGUUCAAAAAUAAUACGGGAACAAAGGUCAUCGAAGGCAUAUUCUUACAGUUGGACGAAUUAGAAGAGGCAGAUUGGAAUCUUGAAGCCUUCUCAAUAAUGUGUAAACUGAAGCUGCUCUACAUUGAUAAUUUGAGGCUUUCCCUUGGCCCCAUAAGUCUUCCUAAUGCCUUGAGAUUUCUGAAAUGGAGUUGGUAUCCUUCAAAAACUCUCCCACCAGGUUUUCAACCGGAUGAACUUACUGAACUUAGUUUGGCGCAUAGCAAUAUCGAUCACCUAUGGGAUGGAGUAAAACACUUGGGCAAGUUGAAAUCUAUCAAUCUUAGUUACUCCAUAAAGUUGACAAGGACCCCCGAUUUCACAGGUAUUCAAAGCAUUGAGAAGUUGGUAUUUGAAGGUUGUACGAAUUUAGUUCAUAUUCAUCCAUCCAUUGCAUUUCUCAAUAGACUCAAAAUUUUGAACUUCAGAAACUGCAAGAGUAUUAAGAGUCUCCCAAGUAAAUUAGAGAUGGAAUCUCUUGAAACAUUUGAUGUAUUUGGCUGCUCUAGUCUGAAAAUGAUUCCAGAAUUUGGAGAGAAAAUGAACAGAUUAUCAAAGCUCUAUAUAAGUGGGACUGCUAUUGAGAAACUACCUUCAUCAAUUGAACACUUCAGUGAGAGUUUGGUGGAGCUUGAUUUGAGUGGAAUUGUUACUAGAGGGCUGCCAUACUCCCUUUUUUCUAACCGGAAUCUCUCGCUAUCAUUUUUUGGGUUAUUUUCAAGGAGGAAUCCUUUGAAUAGUCCUCUGUUGCCUUCUUUAGAGCAUUUCUCUUCUUUGACGACAUUAGAUCUGAAUGACUGUAAUCUCGGUCAAGGAGAUAUUCCGAAUUCUAUUGGUUCUCUGUCCUCCUUAACGCGCUUGCUGCUCAGAGGAAACAAUUUUGUCAGCCUUCCUGCAAGAUAUGAUCUCAUAUGCUGCAUGCAGGAAACCCCUUGUUCUUUUUACUAUUUCAGUUUUGUAAUUCCUGGAAGUGAAAUUUUUGAGUGGUUCAGCAAUCAAAGUUUGGGAGACUCAGUGACUGCUAAGUUACAUUCGGAUCCAAGUAAUAGCAGCAAGUUUAUUGGUGUUGCUGUAUGUGCUCUAUUAGUACCUCAAGACGAUCCGUCUGCCGUUCCUGAAGACGAUGAGUUAGACCCUGAUACAAGUGAAAUCACUUGUACCUGGAAUGGAUACAGUUCUGGCGUGUCAGCUGUUGGUUUCAGCAUAAAACAAAUUGUUGCAGACCACCUUUACUUUGUUGUUUUACACAAGCGUUUCUUAAAACCCAAGUACUGUCUGGAAGACAUGUGCAAUGAGGUUAAGUUUGUUUUCGAAGUCAAUCGAGCUGAAGGAAACAACAGAUGCUUGCAGGUGAAGAAAUCUGGGGCCUAUGCACUGUACAAGCACGACAUGGAAGAGAUGAUCAGUAAAGUGAAUCAAGCCAACAGCAGCAUUUCUCUUUACAUGGAAGAACCUGUGGAUUGUGAUUUAGACAAAUCAGCAUAUGAACAACGUAGUGCUAUCGUAAAGGGAAUACCGGAGGCAGCACCAAGCACAAGUGGUGGCGGUGAGGAUGAAUACUACUCUGCUGAAGAGUGAAGAUAUUUAGAGGACACUGUCUUGCUUUGAAACAUCAUGUGUCUCAAGGGAUAAAUGCAAGGCUAAUACUGCUAUUAUUAGUAUUAACAAGUUAUAUCAACCAUCAAUGCACGUUUGUAAGUCUUGCCUUUUGCCACAAGCAAGCAUUGGGAGGCACACUUUGCUUCUUCUAAAUUAACUCCAAACAGGGAAGGAAAGUAGGCUCUUGAUGCCCGGCAGGUCAGCCAUGGCUAGUAGUGGGAAAACUCUUGAUGUUCCUACAACAAGAGAAAGGUGAUCUCCAUCCUUGCAAAUUCUUCUUCCACCCAUUUUCCAAGGUUACAUCUCUAAAGCUUAACAUGUCCGAUUCUUUACUGGCUUUCCCUGGGUUUGCAUACUCUGGUGCGAUGUAGCCUAAAUGGCCUAGCACAGCCAUUCUAUCAGUCUUCAACAACGUCGCCAAGCGUAGUGUUGAAAUCAUUUUCCAACACUACAUUACCUGAUUUGAUGUACCUGUGAAGCACACACAGUCCUGCAUCUUUGUGUAGGUACUGAAAAGCCAAGGCCAAGCCUGAAGCUAUUGUGAACCUGACAUCCCACAGAGAGGAUUCCUUCCACCAAAUGGAUGGAUGUGUGUCAAGGCUGCUGUAUGGCAUGUUUUGGUAAAGAAGCAAGCAUUUGCCUUAAUCAUGACACCAUCCGAUGAAUUGCACCACAUUUCUAUGUAUUAAGCGUCUAAUGAUUUUAACUUCAUUGAUGAAGAUCUUCAAAGUAGAUAUGAUCAGAUUGUGCAUAAGUCCCUCUUCACAGCAACAUCGCAACCUAAGUUUUUAUGACUCCUUUGUAAACCUUUGUGAAGUCAAAGGUUGCUGCAGCUAGUCCUUCCAAAAGAACUAUGAAUUUUUUUUAUGGAAUGAUAUGUGCAGAAUACGAUCUUUACC